AUGAAGGAGAUGUCAUCUCGCACGGGAGCCCCUGCCCUGCUCUGGACAGCUUUGCUGUUCGUACCUCUGGAUGGCAAGUUCGCAGAAGCCAUCCAACAAUCGAUGUUGUCCCUGAAUCCCCAAUGGAAUCGAAUAUUUAAAGGAGAAAAUGUCACUCUGUUGUGUAACAGGAACAAUUUCUUUGAGGUCAACUCCACCAAGUGGACCCACAAUGGCACACUUUUAUUAGAGACGACUUCAAGUUUAAACAUCGUGGAUGCCAGCUUCAACGACAGUGGGGAAUACAAAUGUCAAUACCAAAACUUUAAGGAAAGUAAACCUGCACAUCUGGAAGUCUUCAGUGACUGGCUGCUCCUUCAGGCCUCUACUGAGGUGGUGAUAGAGGGUAGGCCCCUCUUCCUCAGGUGUCAUGGUUGGAAGGAUUGGAAUGUCUACAAAGUGGUCUACUACAAGAAUGGCAAAGCUCUCAAGUAUUGGUAUGAGAACCACAACAUCUCCAUUUCAAGUACCACCAUUAAAGACAGUGGCACCUAUCACUGUGAGGGCAGAGUUCGGCGGCUGAAUUAUAUCUCUGAGCCCCUCAAUAUUACUGUAAUAAAAGCUCCUCUAAGCAAGUACUUCGGGCUACAACUUUGCGUCCCACUGUUGGUGGUGGCUUUUUUUGCAGCGGACACAUGGUUAUUUCUCUCCACCCAGCAGCAGUUGACAUUACUCUUGAAGACCAAGGAGACCAGGAAAAGCAACAAACUUUUGAACCUAAAUCCUAAGCCAGAUCCCCAAAGGAAAUGAUGUCAUUACUCAAGAAACAUUUGCAAUGUCAAUUUUUGUUCCAGCAUCAGCAAUUAUUUCUCAAUCAUCAAACACUGCUUACAACAUACAUAGAAAAGUCUAUGUUCAAGGAUUUAUAAAACUGCUUCAUUAAACCAGCUGAAACUGGUUAGAUGACAUGUAAUAGGAAGUGCU